UUAGACCGACACAGUUAAACGUCGGUUAAUUGUCGCCGUUGCCCCACCCUACUGUACACAGCGCGCUUUCAAAUAAACCCGACAAUAAAUCUCCAUAAAACCACUGUCAUUCACUAUUAUACGCGCUAAUACGCACGGAAAGCGGGCGUUUUGGACGCGUUCACAGUCGAGUCGGUGAGCACGCGUCGUCAGGAGCUGUAGCGUCCAUAAACCCCCACCUACAAGAGCACCAGACGAGAGCUGCGCUUACAUCCGAGAUGGCUAAAGCAGACCAACGCUUCGGGCAGAGAGAUGGAUCUGAUCAGAACUUUGACUACAUGUUCAAACUCCUGAUCAUUGGCAACAGUAGUGUAGGGAAGACCAGCUUUUUAUUCAGAUAUGCAGAUGACUCCUUUAGCAACUCUUUCGUCAGCACAGUCGGCAUCGACUUUAAGGUGAAGACCGUUUACAGGAACGACAAGAGAGUGAAGCUCCAAAUAUGGGACACAGCGGGACAGGAGCGUUAUAGAACUAUUACAACAGCCUACUAUAGAGGAGCCAUGGGCUUCAUCCUCAUGUACGACAUCACAAAUGAAGAGUCCUUCAAUGCAGUGCAGGACUGGGCAACACAGAUUAAGACCUAUUCAUGGGAUAAUGCUCAGGUGAUAUUAGUGGGGAAUAAAUGUGACAUGGAUGAGGAAAGAGUGGUGCCUUUUGAGAAGGGGAAACACUUGGCCGACCAGUUAGGGUUUGAGUACUAUGAAGCCAGCGCCAAGGAGAACAUCAACGUCAGACAAGUAUUCGAGCGCUUAGUUGACAUUAUCUGUGUGAAGAUGUCUGAGAGAGUUGAUAUGGAUCCAUCCAUGGUCACCAGUGCCAAAACCACCCGGCUAACCGAUAAGCCACCCCAGCUACCUCAAAAUUGUUGCUGAUUUACAUCUCAACUCAUAUGCCAACUUAGCAGCAGCGGAUCCGAUGUUGUUUGGUUUGAUGUUAUGUUAUAUGGCGAUUGGAACCAAUCUGGGGUGCGUUUCGUAGUAUGAUGCAUCGUUAGAAAAAUUAACUAGCUAGUGACGACUGUUUCUGAAAAUCGUAGUAACAUGGUCGCAUCUUCUUCAUUGAAACAUCUUGGUACAACAAUAUAGAAUUGUCAUUAAU